GUUACCAGUCACAGGUUCUAAAUAGAGCUGCUUCUUCUCUGCACCACUGGAGAGUCAGUGUGAGAAAAAUGAAGCACAUCUAUCUUAUCCUGAAUUUGUGCAGUGUGCGUGAGCGCUGUCUCAUUGGUGAAGUGUGGUGUCCUGUGAAUGACCUACCCGUUCUCCAGGGAGCUCUAGCCAGAGCUUCGGUGAGUCUGUUUUUGCGAUAUUUCUCAUUGUAUGUUUGGUAAAGUACUAAAUAUUUUGGAAGUAAUCUGGACCUUUUUGAGGCAUAAUCCACAAAUUACAUUAAAAAUAUAUUUUAGAUUACUAGUCUCAUUGUAAAAAAAUGCAAUCUAAAUAGUGCACAUUUUUCUGUGCAAUUUACUAUGUAGAACUAUUUUCAUUUACAGGAAGACAGUGGAGGUGGUGGAGAAUCAUUCUGUCAUCGGAUUCCAUGUUCUGUCAGUCCUCCAACUCUUAUUCGCACUAAUAAAUUCACUGCAGGUUUUCAAGAAAUUGUUGAUUCCUACGGAGUGGCUAGUUAUCAAGAGGUCAACCCAGGUGUGUCCUUGUUCGUGUUUACUUUCACUUUCUACACUUCCUGUCAUACCAAGACCAGUUUACAGAGGUAGAAAAGUGGAACGCAAAAAGCACACUCUUCCUGAACACUGACAAAACUGUCACAAUGAUCUUUGGAACAGUACCUAAAUUACACAAUUCCCACCUAUCCAUCAAAACAAAUUCAAAUGGCACACUGACCGCAGUCCAUUCUUUCAAAUACUUGGGUAUGAUGUUAGACCCCAAUCUAUCUUUUGGCCUCCACAUAGAAAAGCUUGCAUCUAAACUUUAUCCAAAACUAGGUGCCCUGUACAGAAACAAAUCCUGCCUAAGCCCUACAGUAAAGAAAACGAUUGUACUGCAAAUGCUGAUUCCAAUCAUUGAUUAUGGGGAUGUAGUAUCUGCAUCGCAAUCCCAAAUUAAUAAACUCAACACAUUGUAUAACUCGUUCUGCUGAUUUGUGCUACAAUGUAAUUACAGGACUCACCAUUGUGACAUGCUAAAAGAACUAAACUGGCUGUCGCUUGAAUCCAGACGCACCCUUCAUCUUUCCAGCCUUGUGUUUAAGAGCUUUUCUGGGAAACUCCCACCCUACCUGAACACAAUGCUUUCCUCAGCUGUUCCCACUUCCUAUAACCUCCGAUCCAGUACCAACACUUUACUUAGACUACCUCAAUACAAAAAGAAAGCAGCCUGAUCCUCCUUCUCCUAUAGAGCACCGCAAUUGUGGAACGACCUCCCGCACAAUUUAAAAUCUUCCCUAAGCUUAAAGUCCUUUAAGAGAUCCCUCUCUACAUACCUCAAAACAGAAUGCACGUGUCAUGGUCGAUUAUAUAUUUCCUGCCUGUUCCAUGUUCAAUUUUGUAUUUAUUGUGUAUUAAUGUUGUUGUUUUUGUAUUUUAUUGUACCCUAAUUGUAACAAUGCAAUGAUUUGUGGACCCAGGACAUACUUGAAAACGAGAGAAAUCUCAAUGUAUCUUUCCUGGUAAAAUAUUUUAUAAAUAAAGGAAAUACCUAUGUUCUUGUUGCUUAAAACAAUGUUGAUGUUCUUGCAGCAUUGUACACGAUCAUAACAUUCCCGUUCCUUUUUGCUGUGAUGUUUGGUGAUGUUGGACAUGGUAUCCUUAUGUUUCUAUUCGCUCUCUGGCUAGUUCUUGGGGAGGACGACCCAAAACUUAAACGCUCAGAGAAUGAGGUGAGAAAUGUCAUGAAACUAAAAUGUUAAAGGGAAAUGUAGGCAGUUCUGUUAGAAUUUUCUCCAUAUAUUUUUCUUUCUGUUUCAGAUUUUUUCUAUGUGUUUUGGUGGUCGUUAUCUUAUCCUCCUGAUGGGUGCCUUCUCUGUAUACACAGGGUUUGUGUAUAAUGAGUGUUUCAGCCGUGCAACUUCAAUUUUUCCUUCCGGAUGGAAUGUUACAUCCAUGGCAUAUGAUAAUAAUGACUUGCAGUGAGUAAAACUUAGUCUCUGUAUACACAUGCUUCUUUACCUGCUUUCUAUUGCCUAACUUUUAUCUUUAAAUGUAUUGUUUAGUAAGGCAUUUAAGGCAAAGUCUCCUGUGGAUCCACUGAACCCAAACAUGACUGGUGUCUUCAUAGGUGUAUAUCCAUUUGGCAUUGAUCCAGUAAGUUUCUUGUAUAAAUCAAUUGCAUCUUUAUUUGAUUUGUUGUGGGGUGUGUAAAUUUUUUUAUUUUAUUUUUUUAAUUGUUGUAUAAUUUCUUCCUUUUGUUUACAGAUUUGGAGCCUUGCCUCAAACAAACUCACUUUUCUAAACUCUUUUAAAAUGAAGAUGUCUGUUAUUCUGGGCGUCUUUCACAUGGCAUUUGGUGUAUGUCUUAGUAUUUUCAAUUUUGUGUGAGUAUCUGUGUAUCC